AUGCAGACCAUCCACGGCGGUUUCAGGAUUCCCGUCGUCCAGAGCAACCGGUCUUCGGACCCCAGCCGCAUGACCGAAGCAGCUCUCAGGGACCUGCAGGAGCGCAUGGCUGAGGUCGAUUUCAUCCUCGUCGACGAGUUCUCCAUGGUGGGUCAGGACAUUCUCGGCCUCAUGAGCGCGAGGGGAAAACAGGCCGUGGAGGGGCGGAGGGGAGAUGGAAUAGAGGACUUCCGCCAAGACGUAUUCGGAGGCCUGAGCAUCAUCCUCGUCGGCGACCCAGCGCAGCUUCCUCCGGUCGGGGCUAGACCGUUGUGGAAACACAAUCCUUCCACGGGCGGCCUCAGCAUGCAAGGACUGCAAGCGUGGCUGUCGAUGAACAACGCCGUCGAGCUCACGCAGGUCAUGCGCCAGCAAGGUCCGGAGCAGGCCGCCUUCCGCGACACACUACUGCGUAUCGCCGAGGGCAUGCAGACCGCAGACGACUGGGACGUACUCAAGCGAAGGUUCAUCGCCGCGGUGGGGGCUGCAGAACGCGAAACCUUCGACGACGCUGUUCACAUCUUCCCCACGAACGCCCUCGCCGACGACUGGAACUGGCGGCGGUUGAACUCUCUAGGAACCCCCAUCGCGAGAAUCAACGCCACUCACACCAUCCACGGCUACAACGCGGUGUCCUCCGAAAGGUUCAGGGGAUUGCAAUCGCACAUCUUCCUCGCCAUCGGCGCGCGUGUGUUCGUCCACAACAUCGUUUGGGUCUCUGCCGGCCUUGCCAACGGAGCCGUCGGGGAAGUGGUGCACAUGCAGUGGGCAGAGGGCCAAACGCCGCCACAACUGCCGGAGGUCGUGUGGGUUCGCGUGGAGAACUACCGGGGUCCUCAAUACUUCGAGCAACCACUCCGGAGGGACUGGGCCGACGGCGAAAUUGACCUCACGAACCUCUGCCCCAUCGCCCCCAUGGACGUCAUGGAUGAUCAACCACCCACGGGUCGCCGGAGAGGUGACGGCACCUCCAUCGCCCGCUGCUUCAGGAUGCAGUUGCCCUUGAUGCUCGCCUUCGGUAUCACCAUCUACAAGAGUCAUGGCAACACCUUGCUACGCUGCUCCUUGGACAUCGGAGCAAGCGAAAGGAGCGACGGACAAUCCUUCACUGCCUUCAGCCGGUGCCGUACGCUGGAGAACAUGCUCCUCGAGCCCUUCUCCCUUGAGCGCUUCCUCAAAAUAGGCGACAGCCGUUCCUUCCAGUCACGACUCAACGCCAUCGACCACGUGCGGACAGUCGAGGACCGUACACGUCGUCAGCAUGGCUUGCCGCCCAUCGUCAGAACCGCUCGGCCCCCGAGGACACGACGGAGGGCGGGCCGCGGAGGAGGGGGGCGAGGAGAUGGGGGGAGGCAGGGGGGAGUGCAAGGCGGCCGUGGUGGACGGGGUCGCGGGGGGCAGGGCCGAGGCCGGCGUGGGACGGAGAGGCCAGACCUUUCUAUCCCUCCAGCCGUCGUUUCGUGGGAGGUAUACGCGGUUCGCCAAAUGCAGAACUCCCACACAGACUCCUGGGUGUACGUACCCUUCCUCCUCGACGCUUUUGGCGUAGAUCGAUAUGUGCUCUUCGAUUAG